UCGAACCCCACCCCUCCCCACCUCUCUCUCUCUCUCUCUCUCCGAUCGAUUCGUCGUUCCCUCACUUCGCCAUUCCCCGAUCUUCACCUCUCAAUAUCCUAAUCGGAUCAUUUUGGGAUCGGACGGAUCUGUUGGUGUUGUUGUUCUUCACGAGGUUUUGCUAUUAUGCAGGCGGUUUUUCAUGGGCUUUUGGGAUUCAUCCUGUUUGUAACGUAUAAGCUACCAUUGCCUUUGUAUAGAAUUUGCUCAUUUGCACUCAUGUCCUGGGCUUUUGCUUAAGAGAAAGAAAUGCAGAAGUCUGACCAUCACCAUCAGAAUGUCUCUUCCCCAAGAGGAUUAUUCCAGCAGUCUGUUCGUCGUAUGAGUAGUAAACGCUUACAAACAGCAGCCGGACAGCAUUCUUCUCCUACUGUAUUUCCAGAGAAAAGAAGCAAGGCAAAACCGUUGAAGCAAAAAGAUGCCGAUGCUGCCAAUAAAGAUCCGGAGAAGUUGAAGGCACAUGAGCACAAAGUUGAUAUAGGAGAUGAGAAGUCUGAUUUGUUGGGAUAUGAAGUUUAUUCUGGGAAGCUUGUUUUAGAUAAGAAAAGUAAUAGUACCACUUCGGAUGAUCAAUCUGGGUCAGGAUCUGCAACCGCUAAUUGUGUCGAUGCAAGACUCACAAGCAAAGCCCUAAUAUGGGGUUCUCACAUGCUGAGCCUUGAAGAUGUCAUAUCUGUGUCUUAUAAUGCUGGUCUCCGGCAAUUCACUGUUCAUGCAUACCCUGUUAAGAAAAGGUCAUAUGGGCUAUCUUGUUUUAUAAAACCUAAAAGAAUUCAAAAAGACUACCGUUUUUUGGCUUCUACAUCAGAGGAAGCCCUUAUGUGGGUCAGUGGCUUUGCAGAUCAGCAUUGUUUUAUUAGAUUCUUACCGCACCCCAUGGUCAGUAAAAAGCAAGGUCCUGACACUAUUGCAAGUGACCCUCUGUUUGAUUAUCCACAUAUUAAAUGUAGAAGUCCACCAAGGAUUCUUGUUAUAUUGAACCCUCGUUCUGGACAUGGUCGAUCUAGUAAGGUUUUUCAUGGCAAGGUGGAGCCAAUUUUUAAGCUUGCAGGUUUUGACAUGGAAAUAGUUAAAACGUCAUCUGCAGGUCAUGCAAAAACUCUUGCUUCAACUGUGGAUUUCAGCACUUGCCCAGAUGGAAUUGUUUGCGUAGGGGGUGAUGGAAUUGUCAAUGAGGUGCUUAAUGGUCUUCUCAGUAGAGACAAUCAGAAGGAAGCUAUUUCUAUUCCAAUUGGGAUAAUUCCUGCUGGUUCUGACAAUUCGCUUGUCUGGACUGUCUUGGGAGUGAGAGAUCCAAUUUCUGCUGCAAUGGCUAUUGUGAGGGGAGGGCUUACUGCUACAGAUGUUUUGGCUGUAGAAUGGAUUCAAAGUGGAGUUGUCCACUAUGGUGCAACUGUCUCAUACUUUGGCUUUCUUAGCGAUGUCCUGGAACUUUCAGAGAAAUACCAGAAGCGUUUCGGCCCUCUCCGCUAUUUUGUGGCUGGCUUUCUGAAAUUCCUGUGUUUACCAAAGUACAACUUCGACUUGGAGUAUCUUCCGAUGUCAAAGGAACCACCCGAUGCCAAGAAUAAAGUUUCAGAAGAGAAGGAAAAAGAUUUGUCUGAUUUCUACACGGACAUAAUGCAAAGGUCGAGAGCAGAGGGCAUUCCCCGGGCUUCAAGUUUAUCCAGCAUUGAUUCCAUUAUGACUCCUGGUAGAAUGUCAGGAGGCGACCUAGAUACAACAGGUAGCAGCACACUUGCAAGCAACGAGCCAUCCGAGUAUGUACGUGGGCUUGAUCCAAAAUCAAAGCGUUUAUCGUUAGGGAGAAGUAAUGUAGUAUCCGAACCUGAAGAAGUUCUUCACCCCCAACCCCACCUUUCUGCAAACCCUAACUGGCCGAGAACUAGGUCGAGAUCAAGGACAGAAAGAGCAUGGACUGGCUCAACUGCUGCAAAUGAUUCGAGAUCCUCUUGGCAAGCAACAUCAUUGCACGACAAAGAAGACAAUUCUUCGACGGUCUCAGAUCCCGGACCUAUCUGGGACUCCGAGCCGAAGUGGGAUACCGAGCCAAAGUGGGAUACAGAGCCAAACUGGGAGAACAACAAUCCUAUUGAGCUAGGUCCACCAUCGCCAUCUAAUGACAUUGAGCUCGGAAUAAUUAAGGAACUAGUGCCAAAUUUGGAUGAGAAGUGGGUUGUUAGGAAAGGACACUUCCUUGGUGUUUUGGUGUGCAACCAUUCAUGCAGGACAGUGCAGAGUUUGAGUUCUCAGGUUGUGGCACCAAAGGCUGAGCACGAUGACAAUACUUUGGACUUGCUAUUAGUUGGUGGAAGUGGAAGGUUCAGGUUGUUGAGAUUUUUUAUCAUGCUGCAGUUUGGCCGCCACCUCUCUCUGCCCUAUGUCGAGUAUGUUAAGGUUAAGUCGCUGAAGCUCAGGCCAGGCGCAACCACACACAACGGGUGCGGCAUUGAUGGAGAGCUUCUCCGCGUGAAGGGCCAUGUCCUAUGUCAUUUGCUACCUGAGCAGUGUAGACUCAUCGGCCGCCCUGCCAAAGAGCGCCUGUAAAAUCCGUAUAUCUUUUCAACUUGGUGAGAAUUUCUCCAAGGUUAGUGCGUGCUCGCCUUUCACUUCUAACAACCAAUUGUGAGGUAUGUUCUAGCGGUGAAACAUUCGGAGCAUCGUCUUCCUGAUCAAUGGUCUCUGUAUAUUUUGAGUGAUUGAGGACAUAAUGCGUGAUUACCCUCUGCUUUUUCUCCGUGAUUGGUGUACCAUACUUUUGUUGUCAAUUGGAGCCUGUUUCCUCUUCCUUAUAUUGCAGGGUUCUAUUUUUUCUUAUGGACUUCACUUCGCUCUAAAAACCGAUUGACUGCCUACAUGUACUUGUACUAUAGAAGAUUAUCAUCACCUGGAACUCUAGUUGUAACACCGAACUUUUCAUUUUCUACCGCCUUUAGUUAGUAGUCUCCACUCUACAAAGGGUGAUAUCGUGGAUUUUUCCUCUGAAUAUUUCUACUUUAUUAUGUGACAUAAUACAACAAGACACUGCAAUCUAUGGUUGUUAAUAU